GUUACUUAAUGCAAAAAAGCAGAAGUUGAAGGAAGUCUUAAAAGCGUGAGGACAAGUGAAUGAGAGACAUUCAGACCUAAUCAUGGAGAAGAAGGACACUCCUGUAACUGGAGGAGCUGUAAUACAGCACACAUUUCAACAGGGGGAGCAUCACUAUGACAUCAAGAAAGUCGUUAAAAAUAAAAUGACUAAUAGACGUAAAUCUUUUUUAAGCAAAGGAGACAAGCUUCUGAAGAUUAACGACAUGGACCUGCGUGAUUUGCCCCCAGAGCUGUUUGCAGAGUUGCUGGCCGAGAGCUCUCCUAGGCUGACGGUCUAUCAGCCCCACAAAGAUGCCCCUAAAGAGAAGUGUCCGGAGAAUUCCGGAGGGUUCCAGGCUUUCUCUAAGGAGGAUACGGUCUUGAGUUUCAGCCUAGACUUGAGCAGAGAGGCUGACCCAGACGAUGUGACAAAAGACGACUUUCACGAAGCAGCCAAGCCAGAAAGCCAGCUGGAUGAGCUGCUGCUGGUCACCAUGCUCAGCACCAGCUUCUCCGUCAUCACUGGACGUGGGUGUGACAAGGAAGGCCUCUGUCAGGAUACGUUUUGUACAGAGUGCAACCUAAACGAUGUGAUUAUGGAGGCAAAGUCGAGCAAUAUCACCCAGGUACUCAGAGAAUUAAAGUUUAUCCAAGAGAAAGUUCAGGACAACAUCUUCAUCCAGAGUUUAAUGUACGAGAAGUACAUCCAGAACAGACAGAGGUUUGCACGCAUGUCUAGUAACUGCAUGACAAACUCAGUAAAUAUCACCAUCUAUUUCUACAAAACUACCUGCAUCGAAGGGGAAUACAAAGGAAUUCCUGUUGUCCUGAAUUUCUCUGGCACAGACUGUUUUUUGAAAUGCAGCAAAACUGGUGACAAGCCGACUAUCAGCAUUGAGAGCUGCGAAAAAAAAAAAUUGAAGGACGUCCAUGAGGGCGAUAAGGAUAUUGUGGGAUUUCUCUUUUACAUGAAAGCAGUCCAGCCAGACAUGCGGCGUUUCGAGUCCGUCGGCUGCUCAGGCUGGUACCUGCAUGCAAAGAAGGAGGAAGUGGAGGUGGAGCACUUCGUCAUGGCGGAUGAGGCCUUCUACUUUUUCAUUGAGGGGAAGUAGAAAUCGUUAGAUGCCUUAAACAUGAAUCCGUGCGUGACAUGAAAUUAUUUGACACACCAUUUUGUGCACUGCUAAAAACAGCAUGUGCUUCUUAUAUCAAGAGGUAGUGUGUUUAUCGCAAAAAAAAACACUUUUUAGGCUAUCAGCCUUUUAUAAAUGCAUUUCUGACAGAGCAGAAGAAGAAAGUCUAUGAAUCUGGCUUUGGACUGUUAUUGUUUUAAACACCUUACGUAACUGGGGUGAAUUUUACCGUUCUACCGUUGUACUGGGCUGACUGUGUUGUCUAAAGCUGGAGUGUCUCAGACUGUAAGGAAAGUCAGAAGUAACAUUUCAGUAUCUAGUCUUUUGGAUGAGUAUUCGCAUAUUAUGUCAGAUGCUAAAUCAUUUACCAUGUUUUACAUCUUUUGUAUGUGCUUUUAGGUAAAAUAAUGCGCAAUUAAAUUAUUUUAAUUCAA